UCUCAUCUAUCCAAGCUCUUCACACUCCACCACAAAUCCACAGGCUGACAAUCGUUGCUCCCAAGAAGAUCAUAUCUGCCUAAAAACUGACAAAACAUGCAUAUUUGGCUAGACUUUUAGGUAGGGAUAAGAAGUACUAAAAGAAUAAGCAAGUGGGGUUGGUCUUAGAAUUGAGAGGAAAAGCAAAAAUGGGUAGGCAAGAAGGAGAAGAAGUGGUGGAGAAAAUUGAGGGAAAACAAGAAGUUGUGGUUGUGAAUCCAAAACCCAAUAAUGGAUUCACUGCAAAGUUGAUAGAUUGGGUGGAAAAAGCGGUGGUGAAGUUGAUGUAUGAUUCGAAACAGCCUCUUCAUUAUCUGAGUGGGAACUUUGCUCCCGUUGAUGAAACUCCUCCUUGUAAGGACCUUCUUGUUAAGGGUCAUCUACCGGAAUGCCUCGAUGGCGAGUUUGUAAGGGUUGGUCCCAAUCCUAAGUUUUCUCCUGUGGCUGGAUACCAUUGGUUUGACGGAGAUGGAAUGAUUCAUGGUAUACGCAUAAAAGAUGGAAAAGCAACAUAUGUCUCCCGGUACGUGAAGACAUCAAGGCUUAAACAAGAAGAAUAUUUUGGGGGAUCUAAGUUCAUGAAGGUUGGGGAUCUCAAGGGGCUGUACGGAUUGUUCAUGGUUAAUAUGCAAAUUCUUAGAGCAAAGCUAAAAGUUUUGGAUAUCACUUAUGGAAUUGGAACAGCAAAUACAGCUCUAAUCUAUCACCAUGGGAAGCUCCUGGCACUUCAAGAGGCUGAUAAACCAUAUGUGCUUAGGGUCUUAGAAGAUGGAGAUCUACAAACUCUAGGCCUGCUGGAUUACGACAAAAGACUGACACAUUCCUUUACUGCUCAUCCAAAGGUUGACCCAUUUACCGGUGAGAUGUUCACAUUUGGGUAUUCACACACACCACCAUAUAUCACAUACAGAGUAAUAUCCAAGGAGGGAGUAAUGGAUGAUCCUGUGCCAAUUACAAUAUCAGACCCAAUCAUGAUGCACGAUUUUGCCAUCACCGAAAACUAUGCAAUUUUCAUGGAUCUCCCAUUGUACUUCAGACCGAAGGAAAUGGUGAAAGAUAAAAAGCUAAUAUUCACAUUUGAUCCAACUAAGAAGGCUCGUUUUGGUGUUCUUCCACGGUACUCAAAGAAUGAUGCCUUGAUUAAAUGGUUUGAGCUGCCAAAUUGCUUUAUAUUCCAUAAUGCCAAUGCAUGGGAGGAAGGGGAUGAGGUUAUUCUUAUCACUUGCCGUCUGCAGAACCCAGACCUGGACAUGGUUAGCGGCAUUGUGAAAAAGAAGCUUGAAAACUUUUCAAAUGAGCUGUAUGAAAUGCGAUUUAACCUGAAAACUGGUCUUGCUUCACAGAAGAAACUAUCAGAGUCUGCAGUAGAUUUUCCAAGGGUGAAUGAGAGCUACACUGGAAGGAAACAACAAUAUGUAUAUGGGACCAUAUUGGACAGCAUUGCCAAGGUCACAGGGAUUGCCAAAUUUGAUUUGCAUGCUGAACCAGAGACUGGCAAAACAAAAAUUGAAGUUGGUGGUAAUGUUCAAGGUGUCUUUGACCUAGGACCAGGAAGGUUUGGUUCGGAGGCUAUCUUUGUUCCACGCCAGCCUGGUAUUACAUCUGAAGAGGAUGAUGGCUACUUGAUAUUCUUCGUACAUGAUGAAUCGACUGGAAAGUCAGCUGUAAAUGUGAUUGAUGCAAAAACAAUGUCAGCUGAUCCUGUUGCUGUUGUUGAAUUACCUAAUAGAGUUCCAUACGGGUUCCAUGCUUUCUUCGUGACAGAGGAACAACUUGAAGAACAAGCAAAACUUUGAGAACAACGAGAUGAACACUAUGAGAUUGCUACAUACCCGAGAGGUGGAAGCAUAUGCUGGACCAUGUCCUAGAGAGUAAAUGGUUGCAUGUUAUCACAUGCCAAAAUGAUUGUAAACACUAAACAGAGUAAUUGUAACUCUACAAUUCUAUCCGUUUAGUAAUAUAUUCAUAUGAUCAUAACUUCAGAUAUAUA